CCUAAUUCUCUCUCUCUCUCUCCUAUCGCGUCGAUCUUCGAGGCGAGACCGUCAUUUUUUGUGUACAUUAAUUCAGUCGUAGCGAGAUUUCGAUGCGUAAAACGGUGACGGUAGAUGAUCCACCUCUUUCCCAUCUUUCUCAUGAUUCCCAAGAACAUUUCUCCUUCCAAUUCCAACUCGACGCUGCCUUGUGUGGUUUCGCUUUAUUCUCGCGCCCUUGCCUUUUUUCCCCGGCCGAUAUCGGGUGCGAAGGCAAGCAAAUUAGGGUUCUAGAGUCCCCCAAUUACUGUUUCAUUUUGAUUUUAUUCUUUCAUUUUGAUCGUCUCAUUAAGAUUCCAAUUACUUUUUUUAUUAUUAUUUUUCUACUGCUAAAAAGUUGGAUUUCCCUCCCCUCUAUUCAUGUGAAAUCUUUCUGUCGUUAUAUCUUGUUUAUUCUAUCCAUUCGUCUUUAUGCUUGGAAUCCAAUUUGUUGUACGUAAUCGAUUAGUGGUUGGGUUGAAUUGUUAUUCCUUCCUACAUAUUCUUUAAAAUGAAGCUUUUUGUUCACGUCAUUGAGGCUCGUGGUCUUCCUGUAAUAAAUAUGAAUGGGUCAUGUGAUCCCUACGUGAGAUUGCAGCUUGGCGGUCGUAGGUCGAAAACUAAGGUCAUCAAAAAGAACUUGAACCCUUUUUGGGAUGAAAAGUUCAGCUUCCUUGUCGGGGAACUCAGUGAAGAGCUUAUUGUCUCAGUUCUCAACGAAGAUAAGUACUUUAAUAAUGAUUUCUUGGGGAAGGUGAAGGUGUCAUUGUUGAAGGUCUUGGACGCUGAAAACCUAUCCCUGGGGACGGCCUGGUACCAGCUGCAACCCAAGAAUAAGAAGUCGAAGAACAAAAAAAGGGGGGAAAUUUGUCUCACCAUACAAUUGUCCCCAAGAAAUACUAUCUUAGAUGAAUCUUCUAUUGUCUCACAAGCACCUUCUAGUGAUCUUGCAUCAAGUUCGGAAACCUCCCAACCGAUAAGGGAAGCGCCUUUGUGUACUUCUUCUGGUGGCAAAAUUGAUUCAUCUUCUUUGAUGGAUCUUGAAGAAACUAGAGCUACCAAGGAAAAUAAGUCAAACACAACAUCUUUUGUUGAACUAUUGUCUCAGAUGUUCCGUGGGAAGAAUGCAGAAUCUGUUCCUUUAGCUGAAAAUAGGGACCUUGAUUCGUUAGAACAGUCAGAAGGGACAUCUAUGAAAGCGGAUGUAUGUGCUGACUCAGCUGACAAUGUACCAUGUGAGAACAAAUUCGAGGAACUACUGGAAACUAUGGCCUCAAAAUGUCUUGGGUCUGAUAUGCCUGGGCAUCUACCCGGUGGAAUAUUACUGGAUCAAUCUUAUGCUAUUGCACCAGGUGAUCUGAACUCCCUUCUUUUUUCACCAGAUUCAAUUGUUAGGAGAUCUUUUGAUAAAUGGAGGAUGAGUAUUCCAGUGAAGUUCUGGUUUGAUCCUUUGAUGCACUGUAGCUGGAACUGUGAUCAAUUGAGACAAUUGUGGCACAUGCUGAUUGUUGAUGCUAAGAGAACAGUUGUUUAA